UGUUGUUGUCUUGGUCACAUGUCACAUUUAUCGGUAAAAGCGGUUGCGGUAGACUUUUAGAGGUGUAUUUAGCUUCUUGAGGUGAAGCUUGCAAUACAUAUAUUCUGAGAAAAUAUAAUAUUCGAAUCGGACGAUAAAGUUGUUAUUGUCGCGAGAGCCAAAGCAAAAUAAUGAAUGCAUUUAGUAAAUAAAUAAAUAGUUUUUGCAAGAUAAAAUUAUAUUCGACAAAUUAAAAAUUUUUGAACUUUUAAACGGUAAAGAUGUGUAGAUUUUUUCGCUUGUUCGGUCGAGUUGCGUUCGCAGAAAUUUAACUGGCGGUAAACAAAGUAGUGCAGUUAAAGUUCUUGGUAUACGAAUUGUGCGAAUUGAGAAGGAAAGAUUAUUUUUAAGCCGUAUUUAAUUCAAUUAAAUAAAGAAUAACUGCAACGCCUCCGACAACAUGAAUAAAACCUGUGCCAGAUGUCAAAAAAUUGUCUAUCCGAUCGAGGAGCUUAAAUGUUUGGAUAAAACCUGGCAUAAAACGUGUUUUAAGUGUACAGAAUGUGGCAUGGCAUUGAAUAUGAAGACAUACAAAGGUUUUAAUAAAAUGCCAUAUUGCGAAGCACACAUUCCAAAGGCCAAAGCCACAGUCAUAGCGGAUACGCCCGAAUUGAAGAGAAUAGCGGAGAAUACAAAAAUUCAAUCGAAUGUAAAAUAUCAUGAAGAUUUCGAAAAGGCUAAGGGCAAAUUUACACAGGUCGCCGAUGAUCCCGAAACAUUACGUAUUAAACAGAAUACAAAAAUUAUUUCAAAUGUAGCCUAUCAUGGCGAUUUAGAGAAGAAGGCAAAAAUGGAGAAGCAACGUGGUGCCGCUGAAAUAUCCGACAUAAAAGCCAACGUCAAUCAAUCCAUAACGCACCAGCAACAGCAAGCGCAGCAACAAUCACAGUCAGCAUAUCAGCAGCCCAAUAAUAGUUAUAAUCAGUUGCGUUCAGCCAUUUUACAGAGUGCCCAUCAUCCGACCGGAGGGUCGAACAUAGAUCCCGCAUUACCGUCAUCAACAGCAGCGACAGUUAGUUCAUAUGCUUACGAUCAAUACGACAAUAGUUACGCUAGACCAUCAUUUCAGCAAAAUAAUAAUAAUAAUAAUAGCAAUGUCACAAAUAGUACUACCACUAGUAGUAAUGUUGCGGCGUCUUCCACUGGCUAUCAACCACCGGAAAAGCAAUCGUUUGUUGUUGGAGGCAGUAGUGGAAGCGGCGGCGGCUAUCCUAUUAAUUCCAACAAUUCUUAUUCCACACAACAAUUAUUUGCUAGCACCAAUUACAAUAGUUACCCAUCAUCGGCCACCACAUUACCUCCAUCGCCACGAUCUUCAUUUGGUGUCGUCGGUCUCGCUAGUAACGGUCAUAAUACUCAUCAUACCAUUAACGGCGUCGGGGCAAUCGGUAUGCAACACUUACAGCAACAACAACAACAACAACAACAACAACAUCAGAAUCAAAAUCAACAUCAACAUCAACAUCAACAACAGCAGCAGCAAACAUCCGUUUCAUCAUCGUCGUCGGUGGGUAUUGUUACUAUGAACGGUAGUGGUCCACAGUCUGUAUCGGCCGGUAAUAUCGGUAAAAUAGCCGAUUACGACCCACUUACGGAUGGACCACGUCCAUUACCCAAUACCGCUAGACAGAGCACGACACUCAUUUACAGCUCUGAUAAUCGCAGCAAUGUUAACGGUAUUUAUGGUUCAUUGGUAGCUGAACAACAAGCAGCCGUACAGCAGCAGCAACAGCAACAACAACAAAAACAACAAUAUUAUCAACAAGUACAGCAACAAACAUCACCGCAAGCUCAGCGUUCGAAUCAUAAUCUACAACAAAAGCAAUCUAAAUCAAGUGUGCGGGUCUAUCGGGCUCUGUAUGAUUAUGAAGCGCAAGAUAUUGACGAGGUCAGUUUUCGUGAGGGUGAUAUCAUAUUUGAAGUGGAGGCGAUUGAUUCUGGAUGGAUGACUGGCCGUGUAGAGCGUACCGGUAAAACUGGCAUGCUGCCCGCCAACUAUGUCGAACAAGCGGUUAUAUAAUAGGGAAUGCUUUAUUAUUGUUGUUGUCAUCAAUUUGUUGUAAUACUGAUUUUAUGUCUCUAUUUAGCAUUCAUCUUUAUUUACUUUCUACGAUUAUUUUUAGACGAUAACAGUAAUCGAAAUCGCAUUGUAAGCAAUAUCUAUUCACAUCACACACACAAUAGCAAUCUCGGCCAUAAUACAAAAUAUCAAUUGUAUCCGCAACAGAACAACAUUGAUCCGCUGUUAGCGAACAAAGAGCCAGAUCGACCGCAAGAGCAAGAUUUUUAUUAUUAUUUCAAUCAUGUGUUUUAAGCACAUGAACACACACACAUAUUUCUAUAUAUAAAUACAAUCAAUGAAAAAGCGAAAGUUUUGAUCGAAAAAGAGAAUCCAAAUUCGUUCUGACCAACACUCCCGCGGAACUCUUUCUAUAAAAA